AUGCUUCUUUUCACUCUUAUUGGACUUGUGCCUAUUCUCGCUUGUGCUAGGGACGUUGCUCCCCAAGGCCGGGCCUGCCUUGUAUCUGAUGAACGUCCAGUACAGCGACCAGUUACUCGUGUAUUGACGCAAUCCCAAGACCUUCCAAGCGCCAUCACUGUGGAUGUCCAUUUUCACAUCUCUAGUACCAAAGAACACGAGGAUCUCAUCACUGAUGCCAUUGUCAACGCCCAAUGGGACGUACUUCACCGCUCUUUUGCGAAACACGAUAUCAACCUUGUGUUAAACUCAACGGACCGAGUCGUCGACGACAUCAUCGGCAAAUCAUUCCUCGUCUACGAGGGCCCUGACAAAGGCUGGGUCAAAUACACAGAUGAAGAGAACAAGUUCUACAAGAGCACACGCCGAGGCGGCUACGAUGCCCUGAAUCUCUACUUCUUCAGUGACUAUUCCCCUGGCGCGACCGGAUACUGCAGCUGGCCAACCGUUAUCGCAGAGGGUGAUGACUUGAAAUUUGCCCAGGACUCCUGCCAAGUCAGUGGGUUGACAAUGCCGGGGAUUACGCCAGAACAGGGCGCAUUUGAAGAUUGGAACUUAGGUCAUCUUGCAGUGCACGAGGCUGGGCACUGGUUUGGCCUCAAUCACACGUUUUCUGGUGGCUGCUCAGAGCCUGGCGACUUUGUUGAUGAUACGCCUUCUCAAUUAACCCAGAUCUUUGGGUGUCCCAUCGGCUCAGAUAGCUGCCCCGAUAAACCUGGGCUGGAUCCCAUUCAUAACUUUAUGGGUUAUACGCAGGACAAUUGCACUAAUUCUUUUACACCCGGGCAGAAACGCCGCAUGUUUGAGACAUUCUUUGGCUUUAGGAGGAAGGUCUAG